AUGGCAGAAAAUGGCACCCAUCAUGGGGCUGUCAAUAUGCCUUCACCCAAAGUUGUCCAUGAUGAGCCUGGUGCCAUGCCUCCAUGCCAGUCUUGUUAUGAACUUCCUGGGAAAUCUCCAGCGGGGACCGAUGGCCCUUUUCAUUCUCACCAGACCACUGUAAUUUCAGGUAAUUGUCAGGUCAAGGCUAUGCACCAGGUUCAAGGGGGUAUCGACAACCAUGCAGCUGGUUUUCAUUCCAAACAACACGCAAAAAAUAGAAAAAAGGAAAUGGCACGUUCGCUCACAUCCAUCACUCAAUUCCCAAAAGGAUCAAAUUUUCCUGGAACGACCUUGGCACCACUGACUGCAAAAGAAACCAUAAUAUGCGCGAAAAGCAAUUGCUGUUUUGGUUCUGUAUCCUCUCGUAAUAUUUGA